AUGGAGCCAAGUGGGGCCCGUUUGAGGAGCAGAAAGGGGCUGGGAGGGGAGCAGGAGGAGCAACCCUCUGAAGAAGGAAACGCUGAGGUGCACAGAGCCCCAGACUUGGUGCAAUGGACCCAACAUAUGGAGGCUGUGAAGACUCAAUUGCUGGAACAAGCACAGGGCCAGCUGGUAGAGCUGCUGGAUCGGGCCAUGAGGGAGGCUGUGAAAUGCUACUCCCAACAAGACAGAACUCUGCACUCCAUUCCCGCAGAUUCCUUGAGCAAGAUACGGGAGCCAUCCCUGGGGAAGAGGAAAGUUUUCAUCACCCGAAAGUCUCUGCUUGAUGAGCUGAUGGAAGUACAGCAUUUCCGCACCAUCUACCACAUGUUCAUUGCCGGCCUGUGUGUCUUCAUCAUCAGCACCCUGGCCAUCGACUUCAUUGAUGGCGGCAGGCUGGGGCUGGAGCUUGACCUACUGAUCUUCAGCUUCGGGCAGCUGCCCUUGGCACUGAUGACGUGGGUCCCUAUGUUCCUGUCCACUCUCCUGGUGCCCUACCAGGCCCUGCGGCUGUGGGCCAGGCCCAGAGCCAGCAGCACCUGGAUUCUGGGAGCAGGCAUGGGCUGCGCACUACUGGCCAUCCAUGUCUCAGUGCUCUGCGUCCUCCCGGUCCACAUAGCUAGGGAGCAUCACCUUCCACCGGCCUCCCGCUGCGUGCUAGUCUUUGAGCAGGUCAGGCUCCUGAUGAAAAGCUACUCCUUCCUGAGAGAGGCUGUACCUGGGACCCUUUCUGCCAGAGAAGGUAAGAGCACCUGGGCCCCCAGUUUCUCCAGUUACCUGUACUUCCUCUUCUGCCCCACACUCAUCUACAGGGAGACUUACCCCAGGACACCCAGCAUCAGGUGGAAUUAUGUGGCCAAGAACUUCGCCCAGGCCCUGGGCUGUGUGCUCUACGCCUGCUUCAUCCUGGGCCGUCUCUGUAUCCCUGUCUUUGCCAACAUGAGCCGGGAACCCUUCAGCACCCGAGCCCUGGUGCUCUCGAUCCUGCAUGCCACGCUGCCCGGCAUCUUCAUUCUGCUGCUCAUCUUUUUCGCCUUCCUGCAUUGCUGGCAAAAUGCCUUUGCAGAGAUGCUGCGGUUUGGAGACAGGAUGUUCUACCGGGACUGGUGGAAUUCAACGUCCUUCUCCAAUUACUACCGCACUUGGAACGUGGUGGUCCACGACUGGCUGUACAGCUACGCAUAUCAGGAUGGGCUGUGGCUCCUUGGUGGUCGGGCCCGAGGGGCAGCCAUGCUGGGUGUGUUCCUGCUCUCUGCAAUGGUACAUGAGUACAUCUUUUGCUUCGUCCUGGGGUUCUUCUAUCCCGUCAUGCUGAUGCUCUUCCUUGUCAUUGGGGGGCUGCUGAACUUCACCAUGAACGACCGGCACACGGGCCCAGCAUGGAAUGUGCUUUUGUGGACCUUGCUCUUUCUGGGCCAGGGCAUUCAGGUCAGCCUGUACUGCCAGGAGUGGUAUGCGCAGCGGCACUGUCCCCUGUCCCAGACUACGUUCUGGGGGCUGGUGACACCUCGAUCUUGGUCCUGCCAUCCCUAG